AUGGCCGAAUAGUCAAGUAUUAUUUUGCAUUUGCAUUCAUUGAAGGAUAGCAUUAAAAGUGCAUUUAAAGUUUUUGAAGAUAUUGAUAUCUAGUGCUAAGUAGAAGAGAUUAAGUAAAAUCAUACAAAGUUGGUAAGUAAGCAAUUUAUCAUUAGGUUGAAGAGAAUAAACAAUAUCAAGAACCAAAAUACAUUACAUUAACUGAUUAAAAAAGGGUACUCAAUAAUUUUGAUAAUAUAAUUUGUUAAUUAUAAUUAGUAACACCAUUCUAUAGUGAUCAAAAAUAGUACUAUUUACAAUAAUUAGUUUAACUUUUGAGUCGAGUGAUAAGAACAAGAGACAAACAUAAAUGAAAAAUCAAUAGAUGUGGGAUUAAAUAAAAUAAGAAUAAAAAGAACGAUUUGCUAAAUAUUAAGAUGAAACAAUUCUAGAUAAAAUAUUCUAAUUGGAUACUAAAUUAAAGGAAGAUUAUGAAUAUAGUCUUCAAUAUAUGAGUGGUAAUUAAAAAAAAACAAUACAAAUUAAAUUUCAUGAUAUUCAAAAAUUAAAUCCACCUAAUUAUUUGAAUGAUGGCAUUAUUAACUUUUAUCUUAAGUUUAUAGAAUUUGAAUUGAUAGAAUAAUCAUUAAGAUCUAAAACCUAUAUCUUUAAUACAUAUUUUGUAUAAAAACUAUGUGUUUUUGAGAAAUUAUAGAUGAUAGGUUAAAAUGAUCAUCUAAAACUUAAUGAAUUAUUUAAGUUAUCUUAUGAAUAGAUAAAAAAAUGGAUAAAAGAAGAUUUAACAGAAAAAGAAUACUUGUUAUUUCCAAUUAAUUUACCAGAACAUUGGUCAUUAUUGAUUGUUCAUAAAAAAACAAAAUCAUUUGCUGACUCUGUAAUAAUUUACUUAGAUAGUUUUGGAAUUAUGGAUUAAAAACUAAUUACAAUUAUAAAAAUGUAAUAUUUAUAUUUAAUAACAUUUUAAGGUAUCUUCAUAAAAUUAAUUGUGAUGUGAAUUCAAUUGAAAUUAAUUAUAAUGAUUCUCCUAUUAAAUUGAUUCCAGCAUAUUAAUUAUUAGUACCUCGUUAAGUUAAUUAUGUUGAUUGUGGAGCAUUUCUUUUAGAAUAUGCAGAAUCAUUUUUAUCAAAUCCAAAUUAUUUAUUAUAAGAUGUUGAAUCUUAAGAUGGCAUAUACAAAUUAAAAUUAUUUCCAAGAUCAUUAAUUUGUAAUAAAAGAUUGUUGAUGAAAUAAUUAUUAAUUGAUUUACUUGAAUUUGAUAAGGAUAUAGCCAUAUCUCAAUAUUAAUAAAAAAGAUAAGCUAUAAUUGAUUAAUGCAGUAAUAUUUUAUUUUAUAUUUUAGAAAAUGAUGAAGAUGAAUAUGAUUAAAUUGAUUAAGUAAUUUUUAAGGAGUUUAUUAAUUAAAAAAACCAAAUGAAUAUUGAACAAAGACAAUUAUUGUUAGAUUUCUAUAUGAAUCCAUAAUAAAAUUAUUAUUAAUAAUGA